AUGUUUAAAAAAGUUGAGUUAGAUUUUAUAAAUAAAUUAAAAAAUGAGAAGAAAGUUGUUGAUGAAAAAGUCAUCAGAUAUGACUGGUCACAAACUCAUAACAACUUAUUUUUUACAUUGUACAAAAAAGAGGUUGAAGAAAAAAAUUUUUUUUACUACAUAAAAAAUGACUACAUGUCCUUAAUCAUUUGUAUUAACGAUGAUGAAAUAUAUCAUUUAGAAAAAUAUUUGUUUUCAAAUAUUAUAACAGAACAAACAAAAAUUAACUUAACACAGAUGAAAAUUGAAAUAAUCCUUGAAAAGGAAAUAAAAGGGGUACCUUGGGACAAUUUAACAAAAACGAACAAUGAUGAAUGUGACGAAAAAAACAGUAAAGUUGUAAAUCCGUUUGCUGGAAAAAGUCUUAUAAAGGAAGACAAAGACGAAAGUGUGGAUUAUUUUUUUAAAAAAAUUUACAAUGAAGGAGAUGAUGACACAAAGCGUGCCAUGAUUAAGUCUUUCCAAACAUCAGGAGGUAAAGUUUUAUCAACCAAUUGGAAGGAUGUUAAAAAUAAACAAUAUGAACAAGAUAUAUGA